AUGGCAAAACUGUUGUUUUAUGUUUGUGUUCUUGGUGAAAUUUUUCUCAAAACAUGCUUCUCGUACCGACAAAAGCUCAGCAUGGACUGGUCGGGGCCGCCAGAGGGUGAGUCGCUUUCAACACCACGAGAAAAUCCUACUUUGCUUCCAGUUGACUGGCCCACAAAGAGACAGAUGGAGGAUACCGAGGUUGUUCGAGCAUUCGAGGAUGAUGCUGAUGCUGAUGAUGAUUUGGCUGCCUUUAUACACUCUCUCCCUCGGUAG